ACCACCACCAAUCCCCUGCAAUCCAACAUCAACUCCGUCCUCUCCGACCUCAUAAAAAGAAGCCCACAAUCCGGCUUCGCCAUCUCCUCCUACGGCCACGACACCGCCACCAUCUACGGCCUCUCCCGAUGCCGCGGAGACAUCCCACCCGACGCCUGCUCAGCCUGCAUCACCGGCGCCGCCACCCAACUCCCCUCCCUCUGCCCCAAUCGCACCGACGCCCGCAUCUGGUACGACUACUGCUUCCUCCGCUACGACGCCGAUAACUUCAUCGGCAAGUUAGACACCAGCAAUGGCUUAAUCCUAUACAACGUGAAGAACGCGACGGAUCCCGUGAGGUUUGACGGCGCGGUGAAGGAGCUUAUGGGCAGUGUGAAUGAAGCGGCGGUGGCGACUUACAGGAGGUUUGGUUGGGGUGUGACGGCGUUUACGAAGACAGUGACCAUUAGAGGGAUGGCUCAGUGCACGCGGGAUUUGCCGGCGGAGAGUUGUAGGGAGUGUUUGCUGUCGGCGGUGGGUUUGUUUCCGGAUUAUUGUAGUUAUCGUCAAGGUUGUCAGGUGCUGUAUAGCAGCUGCGUGGUGAGAUAUGAAAUUUAUGGCUUUUGGUAUAAGGACGAUGGGAAGAACAGUGAGGGAUACGAUGGAUUGGAGGGGAGAAUGAUUGUUCUGUGAUUCUGAUUUGGAAUUUAUGGUGUCCAUUAGUAUAUCAUGGUGAUAAUUAAUUAAGCUGGGUAUGUGGCUGUUAUGAUGGAUAAUGAACGGUUUAUGUAUUCUGUGAAUCUUUAUGGCAUUAUGGAACUUUUUUUAUAAUAUAUAUGACAGAUUCUG